AUCCACUUGAUAUCUUUUUGAUAAUUUUGUGUAGUGAUGAAUGUUGAUAAUGCUAUAGUUUGUGCUAAUAUAACUAGUUUUACUCAGGGUUGUACUGCAACAGUGCUUCUGGUAUGGACUGAUGGUGCUGAAAAUUUCUUUGCACAAUGUGCAAAUGUGGGGGACUCAGCAUGUGUUAUGAACAGUGCCAAUGGGAAACCGAUUAAGAUGACGGAGGACCAUAGAGUAGUUAGUCAUACUGAAAGACUGAGAAUGGAAGAAAGAGGAGAGCCACUGAGAGAUGGGGAAACACGAUUAUGCGGUACUUAAACUUCAUUUUUUUGUUUUUGGACUA